AUGACCCGCACUGCAGGAGCACUCCCUCGUCUCGGGGUUGUAUCUCUCUACCUCCUCGGCGCCGCUACCACAGUGGUCCGGCAUGCCGACGCACAGUACAGCGGCCGGGACUGCAACGAAUUCAACUUAGCCUGUUUUGAAAGUGAGACCUGCGCGGCGUGCUUCGAAACUUCGACCAGCGAAGCGUUUUUUACCUGCCUUGACAACCUCCCCAUCCCUACAACGGACGACAGUUGCGACAGCAACGAGGAAUUCGCUUGCUGCUUCAACGAAGCGUCAGGCCUCGACUGCAUCAACGACCCGACCACGUUUGCAUUGAUGGAAUGCUUGUACGACGACGCCAACCAGUGCGAGGAGAACUGGACCUGCAGCGGCUCUAGCGGUGGCGGCGACCCUUCCACAACCUCGGCCUCCGGUUCUACCCCGGCGCCAUCUCUUCCUGCUACGACUUCCGCUACUGGCGGCGGGGCUGAGACCGCGGCGCCUGCCGCACCGACUGCAUCUACGACUUCUGCCGGUGUAGAUGAGACCAUGGCACCCUCUGCCACCGACGGUGGCAUGGCAGGCGCGCCGACUGCCUCGACGACUUCGGCCGGCGUAGAUGACACCAUGGCGCCCUCCGCCACUGACGGUGGCAUGGAGGCCGCGCCGACUGCUACUACGACUUCGGCCGGCGGAGAUGAGACCAUGGCGCCCUCCGCCACCGACGGUGGCAUGGCAGGCGCGCCGACUGCUACUACGACUUCGGCCGGCGGAGAUGAGACCAUGGCGCCCUCCGCCACCGACGGUGGCAUGGCGGGCGCGCCGACUGCUACUACGACUUCGGCCGGCGGAGAUGAGACCAUGGCCCCGAGUUCCGCAGACGGCGACCGCGCGUUGGACAUCACAACCGCCCCUUCUUCUGCUGGUGCUGCUAUGCCGUCCGCUACUACUACGACUACUUCGAUGGCCGGCGAGAGUGAGACGAUGGCGCCAACGGCCACCGGCGACGGCGACCGCGAUUUGGACGUCACCCCCUCCCCCGCCACCGGCGAAGCCGGCGGAGGUCCCGCCCCUAUCGCUUCCGGAGCUGACGAGACCGAGGCGCCCACCAGUGCUGCGGGCGGGGUGGACACUAGCGCGGCCCCGACCGCCGUCGGCGAGGGCGAAGACGGUGACGCCACCGACACGACAUCGGGGGGAUGCCGCCUCCUGUUGUCGAGCGUCACCACUGUGGGAGGCGUUGUGGCAAGCCUGCUCGCGUUCUUGGCCGCCGCCGUGGUUGUGUAAUGGAGCUUUGUAGGAUUGUUGCUGGCGCGUGUGCAUUGUGAUUCUGGAUUGUGUUCCGAUGUUAGUUUAGUGGGAAUCGGGACUUUGGUUGAGGGUUCGAGGGUGUACAGUAGUGAGCAGAUUUUUCUGAAGGGCCCUCUGAUAUCAUUGCUCGACCGCAGAUUAGCAUCGGGCUUGGCUACGCGCUACUGGAGUGUGACCCAUGCGUUACAGCGUUAUUAUGUUUUGUUUCGGUAUGUCAGAGAUUCCUUCCCGUGGUUGUACGAGUACGUGAUAGGCGGCGAGCCUCCUUGGUGUGAUCGGGCCCGCCUUUACCCCUGCUCCCUUGGGAUGCAGGUUUUCCGGAGUUGCAUAUAUACCCUACGCAGGUGGUGAGAGUGUGAGCUCGGCGGGUUUGUUGGACGGAGGCCCUUGGUCUCCGUAUCAUCGUUUGAAGGUAGAAUGCCGCAAUUUCUAUCAUGUCUUGCGUGUACAGUAGUAACAUUUAUUUGUUUGGAGUAUGCAUACCAUGGUUUGGAUUUUACACGAAUGGAGGAUGGGGAAACGUAAACGAUGGUAUACUACGUGUUUGGGAGGUAAAAUAUCGUUUGGGUCCCCAAGGAGGAAUCUUUAUGGAGCUACAUCUUGGUACCUUAGAACUUGAGCAACGUAUGUAUUUGAAGUACAUGUGUAGUUUCUUCGGGUUGUGUUGCAAAUUGAUCUUGUGGUACUGUUCUGUGCUGCUGGUGUGUUUGUGGUCGAGCCCUGAUGGUUCCCCCUCAGACGAAGCAAAGAGAGGGACUCUGGUCAAAUGUAUUGCUCAGGAUGCCCUGUCAUCUUGUCCCUUUUCCCUGCGGGUCUGGGCCACGGAUGAUUUGCGCUGAGAACCGCGUGUAUCUGUUGUUAUUAUUUGAACGUACAGUCCACUGACGACGUGGUACGUAGUAGUUUUCAAACAGAAAUCGGUUUCGUUCGAC